AUGGCGGCCUCGGCCUCCUGCUCCUCGGACUGGAGUGUGCAGAGAGACGGUUGCUUACGGGCGGACUCCGAGGGCCUGCGCAGCCUCAGCUACCACCCGGCCCUCAACGCCAUCCUGGCGGUGACCAGCAGGGACAGCAUCACGGUGAUCGACGGGACCUCCGGAGCUAUCCUGCAGGCGUCUGCGCUUCACGCGACCCCUGGUGGCCGUGUGCGCUGCCAGUACAUGGCAGCGGUGGAUAAGGUCCUGUUCGUGGACGACUUGGCCGUAGGAUGUCGUAAAGACCUGAACGGGAUCCUGCUGCUGGACACAGCUCUACAGACGUCUGUGUGUAAAGCUGAGGAGGAGGUGCAACUGGAGCUGCCUGUCACCGAGGCGCAGCAGCUGCUGUCGGCCUGUCAGGAGAAGAUUGACGUCUCUAACACAGAGGGAUACGACCUGUUCAUCUCUCAGCUCAAAGAAGGACUCAAGAACUCCUCCCACGAGACCGCUGCCAACCACAAGGUGGCCAAGUGGGCAACGGUGCUCUUCCGUCUUCCUCAUCACGUGCUGAAGCUGGUGGCCACUGCAGUGGUCAACGAGCUGAAGAAGAUGAACCAGAACGUGGCCGCACUCUCUGUUGCCUCCUCCAUCCUGGACCGACUCAGCUACCUGCUCACCAGUGCCAGACCAGAGCUGGGGGUGGGACCAGGGAGAUCUGUGGACAGGUCCCUGAUGUACAGUGAGGCGAACCGUAGAGAGACCUUCACUUCGUGGCCUCAUGCUGGGUACAGGUGGGCUCAGCCGGACCCCAUGGCCCAGGCAGGGUUCUACCACCAGCCGGCCUCCACAGGGGACGAUCGUGCCAUGUGUUUCACCUGCAGCGUGUGCCUGGUCUGCUGGGAGCCCACAGACGAACCCUGGUCUGAGCAUGAGCGACACUCCCCCAACUGUCCCUUUGUAAAAGGAGAACACACUCAGAACGUUCCUCUGUCGGUGACUCUGGCCACAGCUCCGUCCCAGCUGCCUCACCCUUCUGACCCCUGCGACCGCAUCUGCUGCUACGGCUACGGCUCCUGUCCACAGUACCUCGCCGCUGCCACUAGGAGGGGCCGUGUCUGCAUCUGGGACGUCUCCAAGAUGAUGAAGGUCCACUUGAAGUUUGAGCUGAAUCCUUACGACCCUGUGAUCGUGCGGCAGUUGCUGAUGUGCAGUGGAGAGCAGACCAUGGUCGACACUCGGCCCCCGCUCUGGGUCCAAGACAGCUGCAGCGACCUGCCCAAGCUGGAGGGCGACAGUGACGAUCAGCUGGAGGACUCCGACAGUGAAGAUCAUUCCAGAUCAGAGUCUGUUACAGGCCCUCAGUCUCAGUGGGACAGCAUGGACGUCCACUUGUCGGUGUCUGCUCUGUCCAUCCUGCAGCAGCCAGAGAAGCUGCAGUGGGAGGUGGUGGCCAGUGUCCUGGAGGACACAGUGAAGGACCUGGAAGAGCUGGGAGCUAACCCCAGUUCUCUCCCCCAUCCCCCAAAACCCUACGGCCAGUCCAACAGCUCCCUCCCCCAACCCCCCAAACCCUAUGGCCUGCCCAAGACCGCGCAGCGCCCCGCGGAGCACAACAUUCCCUUCCCCUGCCUGCUGGCGGGCGGCUUGCUCAGCUACCGCUCUGCACACACUAACACUCCGGUGACCUCGGCCUCAUCUCCGCGCAGGGCCGAGGCGUCUCCGGACUUGGGUGCCAUGGAGAUCGAAAGCGCCACGCUGGAGCCUGCCUUCCCCGCCCCCAGCCCCUCCCCCUCAGGCCCCAGCGCGCGCCGCUCUGUGCCCGUGCUGCUGCUCUACAGCAUCCGGGAGGCGGACGACAAGUCCACGUGUCAGGUGUUCUCUCAGAUGAACAACCUGAUGAGUAACCACCACGAGGACGGCUUCACCGUGCCGCAGAUCAUCGAGAUGGAGUUUGACUCUCAUGAGCAGCUGCUGCUGCAGGACCCACCCAUCACCUACAUUCAACAGUUCGCAGAUGCCGCUGGCGGCUUGGCGCUGGACGCACAUGUAGACAAGUGGAGCACCCUAGCAUCCACGGCUAACGCGUCGGCACCGUUCCCCAAGCCCGGCUCACUGGUGCAGUGCCUGCGUCUGCCUAAAGCGCUGGAGAACGAGCCGCUGUGCGUGGACUCAAUCACGCCGUGUUUUGAUGGCGUGCAUUUACUGAUCGGUCUUCAGCCGAGCUGCGGCGGCGAGUCCCUAACUGCCGCUAACCAGGUGGAGGCUCUGAACAACCUUAACCGUCUGCACUCUGCACUCAGUAAAGACAGUCUCCACAACGGCGUGGAGCCUCUCCCCAAGAGCCAAUCACAGCUCAUCCUGCCGCCUCACGAGCAGGACACCCACCGGGCGCACAGCCACGGCGGCGGGUACCUGGCACUUUACAAACUGAACUACUCCACGCGCAUCGUGACACUAGACGAGGAGCCGGUGAAACUGCAGCAGAUCAGUGAGGCGGAGGACGCCAUCACAUCUCUGAUUCUGCUGCCUCCUGACGUGUUGGACAGUCGCGAGGAGGAUGGCGAGGAGCCGCAGGACGAUCAGAGCACAGCACGCAGCGGGAAGAACUCGCCUCAGACGCAGAGGCGCGCAGAGGCCGCAGGUGCCGCGGGGCUGGGCCACCUGGUGGUCACCACACGCUCAGGCUUCAUCAUGAUCCUGGACCUCAGCUCGCUAACGGUGCUCGCCAAAGUAGAGCCGCCAAAGAAGGAGGAGUCUGACGAGACCGACCCCUUUGUGUCUGUGACCUACUGCUCUGGGACAGACCGCCUGUGCGCUGCCACCAGAGGUGGUGAGCUUCAUUUCCUCCAAAUUGGAGGAGUUUGUGACGAAGUGGACGAUGGAGACAUGUUCAUGGAUGGCUCCCUGUCCAAAGGAUCUGAGGUUCUGUUAGAAGGAGCUCGACCUUGCAGUAACCCCUCCAGCCCCGGGAUCAUGGGGGUGGACCUCCUGGUGGAGCAGCCUCUUUCUGCAGACUGCCUCAUGUCUCUUGUGGAGCUCACACGCUUUGAGACGCUGACUCCUCGGUUCUCCGCCACGGUGCCUCCCUGUUGGGUGGAGGUGCAGCAGGAGCAACAGCAACGAAGACAUCCACAACAUCUGCACCAGCAACACCAUGGGGACGCCGCUCAGCACACCAGGACUUGGAAGCUCCAGACAGACAGUUCCAGCUGGGACGAGCACGUCCUAGAGCUGGUCCUCCCAAAAGCCUGCUUGGUGGGACAUGUGGACUUUAAGUUUGUGCUGAACUCCAACAUCGUCAACAUUCCACAAAUUCAGGUCACGCUCCUGAAGAACAAGGCUCCAGGUCUCGGCAAAGUCCAAGAGACCCCUGUGGACCGGCCCAUCUCCUUCCCCCUGUCCAGCCUGCACUCUAAUGGAGAGAGGAAUGGACCAGUGCUCAGCGACUGCAGCGAAGACAUCCAGUUCAUGGACAUCGAGGACACUGCAGGGUCAAUGCUGUGUCCGUUCCUGGAGGAGCACCGUGAGGACAUCCUGUGUGGUCCUGUGUGGGUGGCCAGUGGACUGGACCUUUCUGGACACGCAGGAAUGAUCAGCCUCACCAGCCCCAAACUGGUCAAAGGGAUGGCCGGAGGGAAGUACCGCUCCUUCCUGGUACACAUCAAAGCAGCGACGGAUAAGAGUCUGGAGGACAGUCCCAGACCAGUGGUCCGAAUGCCCAGCUCCAAACCUCAGAGCUCCAAAGGACACUCCCUGUCCACACUGCUACAGAGAGCACAGGCCUCCAAAGAGAAGGUGACAGGGGUGAAGUCUGAUGCUGCGACUCCUUCAAAGAAAGUGGAGAACCUCCGUGGCUGCGACCUGCUUCAGGAGGUGUCCAUCACAAUCAGACGCUUCAAGAAGACGUCCAUAACCAAAGAGAGGGUGCAGAGAUGUGCAAUGCUGCAGUUCCCAGACUUCCACGACCGCCUCCUGGAGACACUGUGUCGACCCGUGGAGGGCGUGGCCUGUUCAGAGCACGCCCAAAGCCUCAUCCUGGAUGUCCUGUGCUGGCUGGCCGGGGUCUUCACCAACGGGCCCUGCAGUUUGAAGGAAGGGAAAGAGGCUCUGCUGCUGAAGACUCGCCUGCGCCUUAACGACAUCGUUCGAGUUUGUUUCUUUGAGGCCGGACGCAGCAUUGCGCACAAAUGUGCUCGAUUCUUAGCACUUUGUAUCAGUAACGGUAAAGGGGACUCCUCGCAGCAGGGUUUUGGACUGUGUCUCCUCAAAGCGCUCAUCGAGAAUAUGCCUUAUCUCCCGGCAGCCGCCACCGGGGGCUCAGUCUUCUGGUUUUUCGUGCUCUUGAACUUUGUGAAGGAGGAGGAUCUGGCUGGAUGCAGUUCAGCUUGUGCCUCACUGCUCACUGCAGUCUCCAGACAACUGCAGGACCGUCUCACUCCACUGGAGGCACUGCUGCAGACCAGGUACGGUCUCUACAGUUCGCCCUUUGACCCUGUCUUGUUUGACCUGGAGGUCAGCGGCUCGUCCUGUAAAAACGCCUACAACAGCAGCAUUGGGGUCCAGUCCGACGAGAUCGACCUCUCCGACAUACUCUCAGGGAAUGGUAAGCUGGGCAGUUGUGCAGCCGCAGAGGGCAGCUUCACAGCUCUGACCGGUCUCUUGGAGGUGGAACCGCUUCACUUCAGCUGCAUCUCCACCAGCGACGGCACCAGAGUGGAGAGGGAUGACGCAAGCAUGUUCACCGUGAGCUCCUUUGGGGUCCCCCCCUCAGUCCCCAUGUCCUCAGCCUCAGUGGGGGAGGCGUCCACAGCUCUGAGCUCGGCGGCUCAGGUAGCACUUCAGUCUCUGUCUCACGCCAUGGUGUCAGCGGAGCAGCAGCUCCAGGUGCUCCAGGAGAAGCAACAGCAGCUGCUUAAGCUGCAACAGCAGGUCUGUAAAGCAAAGCUUGAGGCCAAACUGCACCAGACGUCUUCAGCUGCAGCCGCAGCUGCCUCGAGUCAUCUUCAUAACUCAGUGCCUUCAAACUCGUCCACGGCUCCUGGUUUCUUCAUCCACCCGUCAGACGUGAUCCCGCCCACUCCCAAGACCACGCCCCUUUUCAUGACUCCGCCCCUAACUCCACCCAACGAGGCAGUGUCUGCCGCCUUCAGCGCUGAGCUCGCACACCUGUUUCCCGGAUCCAUGACUGAGGCCAGUCCUGUUAAUCUGGCAACCCACAAGGGAGCGCACAGGAGCAAGCAGGGCGCCAUGGGCAGCGGUCUGGCUCUGGCCAUCUCUCAGGCCUCACACUUCCUGCAGCCUCCUCCCCAUCAGUCCAUCAUCAUCGAGCGCAUGCACUCAGGUGCGCGGCGGUUUGUUACGCUGGACUUUGGUCGUCCAGUGCUCCUCACUGACGCUCUGAUCCCGGUGUGUGCGGACCUAGCGUCUCUGUCCAUCGACGUGUGGACACUGGGAGAGGAGGUGGACGGGCGCCGCCUGGUGGUGGCCACAGACAUCAGCACACACUCACUUAUUCUGCACGACCUGCUGCCGCCCCCUGUCUGCCGCUUUAUGAAGAUCACGGUGAUCGGCCGAUACGGUAGCACAAACGCUCGGGCGAAGAUCCCUCUGGGGUUUUACUACGGCCACACAUACAUCCUGCCCUGGGAGAGCAACCUGAAGCUGAGCCACGACCCCCUGAGGGACGGAGACUGUGGCCCUCAGCCUGAUGUGGAGCAACAUCUGGGCAUGAUGAUGGCCCUGCAGGAGGACAUACAAUGCAGGUAUAACCUGGCCUGUCAUCGGCUGGAGACGUUGCUCCAGAGCAUAGACCUGCCUCCUCUGAACAGUGCCAACAACGCUCAGUACUUCCUGCGUAAACCGGACAAGGUGGUGGAGGAGGACCAGCGAGUCUUCUCUGCUUACCAAGACUGCAUCACACUCCAGCUGCAGCUCAACCUCUCCCAUCAUGCAGUACAGCGCCUCAGAGUGUCUCUGGGAGCCUCUCGCAGACUGCUUUCUGACUGCGACAAACCAAAACCUCAAGAACUGGUCAGCAACUCCUCCACUGAGCAGCUGAGGACAAUCAUCCGAUACCUGCUGGACACACUGUUGAGCCUGCUCCACGCAAACAACGGUCCUUCGGUGCCAUCCGUCCUCCAGUCCACGUUCCACUCAGAGGCCUGUGAGGAGCUGUUCAAGCACCUGUGCAUCAGUGGGACCCCGAAGAUCCGUCUCCACGCAGGGCUCCUGCUGGUCCAGCUCUGUGGAGGGGAGCGAUGGUGGGGCCAGUUCCUCUCCAACGUCCUACAGGAGCUCUACAACUCCGAGCAGCUGCUGAUCUUCCCACAGGACAGAGUGUUCGUGCUGCUGUCUUGUAUCGGUCAACGCUCUCUCAGUAAUAGUGGGGUUCUGGAGGGACUCCUGAACCUCUUGGACUCUCUGCUAGUCCCUCUGCAGCAACCUGCUCCAUCCGGCGCCCACCGCAGGACGGAAGGAGUGCUGGACAUUCCCAUGAUCAGCUGGGUGGUGAUGCUGGUCUCCAGACUUCUGGACUCUGUGUCGAGCAUCGAAGACGAGGCGUCAGGAGCCAAGAAACAUCUCGGAGGAAAGGAGCGAGACAGGAGCUGCUCAGGGAUCCAGUGGAGCUUCAUCAACAACAGUCUCCAGUCUCAGAGCUCCUGUCGAGCGUCCAAAGGAAAUGGCAGUUUGGAUCGACUAUACUCCAGGAAGAUCCGUAAGCAGCUGGUGCACCAUAAACAGCUGAACUUGCUGAAAGCCAAACAGAAAGCUUUGGUGGAGCAGAUCGAGAAGGAGAAGAUCCAGAGCAACAAGGGCUCAUCCUACAAACUGCUGGUGGAACAAGCAAAGCUCAAGCAGGCCACGUCCAAGCACUUUAAAGACCUGAUCCGGCUACGGCGCACAGCAGAGUGGCCUCGCUCGUCCCUGGACUCUGAGGUGUCUGCUGUGAAGGAGGCGGGAGACGUGGAGCCCCUCCCCUUCACUCUGUCCCAUGAACGCUGCAUCUGUGUGGUCCAGAAGCUCUCUCUGUUCCUGCUCUCCAUGGACUUCACCUGCCACGCUGACCUGCUGCUGUUUGUCUGCAAGGUCUUGGCUCGGAUCGCCAACGCUACGCGGCCCACAAUCCACCUGUGUGAGGUGAUGUCAGAGCAGCAGCUGGAGAGACUCCUGCUGCUUCUGGUUGGAACAGACUUCAACAGAGGAGACAUCAGCUGGGGAGGAGCCUGGGCUCAGUACAGCCUGACCUGCAUGAUCCAGGACAUUUUGGGAGGAGAGCUCCAGGCUCCAGUAGGCCUGGACUCCAUGGAUGACAUGGUGGCUCCAGAAGACGCAGCAUCUACCUCGUCAGCAGGGGGCAGUGUGGAGUCUGAUGAGCCUCUCCCUCCCUCAGUGGUGCCCCUGGUGGAGAGCAUUGACGACGGGCUUGUACCAGACAUCCUGUCAGGGACGCAACACAACAACUCAACUGUGUUUCAAAGCGCUCCUCCUCUGGCCUCUUUGGACAAAGAUAAAGACAUUGAUUUUGACUUGCUACAAGACCUGAUGGAUGUUGAUAUUGAUCCUUUAGAUAUUGAUUUGGAAAAGGAUCCUCUCGCCGCUAAAGUCUUCAAGCCCAUCAGCAGCACCUGGUAUGACUACUGGGGCGCGGACUACGGCUCCUACGGCUACAACCCCUACAUCGGGGGAGUGGGAAUCCCAGUGUCCAAGCCUCCAGCAGCUGUGGAGAAGCAGAGCAACCAGGGACUGUCUGUAUCUGUGUCUCAAGCUCUGGAUGCUCGUCUGGAGGUGGGUUUGGAGCAGCAGGCAGAGCUCAUGUUGAAGAUGAUGGCCACUCUGCAGGCGGACUCCAUCCUGCAAGCUCUGACCUCCAACACCAGCACUGUCUCACAGUCGUCCAAUGGCACGGAUGACUCCCUGCUGCGCGCCCUCCACGGAGGCAGCUCGUCCCCUGGUUCUAGCCUCUGUCUGCAGCCCUCCUCUGUACCUAUGCUAAGCUCCUGCUUCAACAAGCUGUUUAGCCUCCUGCAAGUGCACCACGUCCAGCUGGAGUCUCUGCUGCAGCUGUGGCUCACUCUGAGCCUGAACACAGGGUCUGUAUCUGCAGAUGAGAGCGGCCCCGAUAUCUUUAUGUUCAACGCCAGCAGAGUCCCCACGAUACCACUGAACCAAGCCUCCAUCAGCAGCUUCCUCAGUGUCCUUGCCUGGUACCCCAACACUUCUCUGAGGACCUGGUGUUUGGUUCUACACUCUCUGGCCCUGAUGACCAACAUGCCCCCAACACCCUCUUCGUCCGGUCUGCCUGCUCCGGACUCCACAGCUCACCAGAUGGUUUCGGAUCCCGCUCUUGUACAUGUCCUGGUGCGGUUUCUCUCUGGUUCCAACCCAAACGGGACAGGGCAGCACAGUUCCCAUGUGGGCCCCACAGCGACGCAGGCCAUGAGUGAGUUCUUGAGCCGGCUGCAGGUGCACCUCUCCUCCAGCUGCCCUCAGACCUUCAGCCACUUCCUGCUGCGACUGCUGCACCUGCUGUCGUCAGAGAGGGGCCCAUUCCAGGCUGGCCAGGGCCCUCUGGAUGCUCAGGUGAAGCUCCUGGACUUCACUUUGGAGCAGAACUUUGAGGUGGUUUCUGUGGCGACCAUCCUGUCCGUCAUCGAGUCGGUGACGUUCCUGGUGCACCAUUACAUCACAUGUUCCGAGCGCCUGGUGUCGCGCUCGGGCUCCGACAGCUCGGUGGGGGCCCGUGCCUGCUUCGGGGGACUAUUUGCAAACAUCAUCCGACCCGGGGACGCCAAAGCCGCUUGCGGGGACACCAGCCGAGACCAGCUCAUGUUCGACCUCCUAAAACUGGUCAACGUCCUGGUCCAGCUCCCUCUGUCCGGGGACCGAGAGUUCAGCGGAAGACUGGCCUCUAGUGGCACCAGCGCCGAGAGUGUGUCUGAUGAAGAGAAGGUGUGCGGCAGCAAGGAGGGUGCGUCCAGUGGAGGCUCCUCGUCCAAUCAGGGCCCAGCGUCCGGAGUGGCAGACCUGGUGUUGGCCAAUCAGCAGAUCAUGAGUCAAAUUUUGUCUGCGCUGGGACAGUGCAACAGUAGCGCAAUGGCCAUGAUAAUCGGAGCCAGUGGCCUCCACCUGACCAAACAUGAGAACUUCCAUGGGGGUCUGGAUGCCAUCUCCGUGGGGGACGGUCUGUUCACCAUCCUGACCACUCUGAGCAAGAGGAGCAGCUCUGUGAGCGUCAUGCUGCAGCCCAUCCUCACCUACAUGGCCUGUGGAUACAUGGGGCGCCAGGGCUCGCUCUCCACCUGUCAGCUGUCAGAACCUCUGCUCUGGUUCAUCCUCAGAGUGUUGGACACCAGUGAAGCUCUCAAGGCUUUUCACGACAUGGGAGGAGUCCAGUUGAUCUGUAACAACAUGGUGACCAGCACCAGAGCCAUUGUGAACACGGCCCGCAGUAUGGUGUCCACCAUCAUGAAGUUCUUAGACUCUGGUCCUGGAAAGUCGUCCGAGGGGAACCUAAAGAGCCGUGUCAUGACCUCUGAACCUGACAACGCAGAGGGGCUGCACAACUUCGCCCCGCUCGGCACAAUCAGCUCUAGCAGUCCCACUGCUCAGCCAGCAGAGGUGCUCCUCCAGGCCACGCCCCCUCACCGCAGAGCCAGGUCUGCAGCCUGGUCCUACAUCUUCCUCCCUGAAGAGGCCUGGUGCGACCUGACCAUCCACCUGCCUGCCGCUGUGUUGCUCAAAGAGAUACACAUACAGCCUCACCUGGCCUCGCUCGCAACAUGUCCCUCGUCCGUCUCGGUGGAGCUCUCGGCGGAUGGCCUGAACAUGCUGCCCCUGUCCACUCCGAUUGUCACGUCUGGUCUCACCUACAUAAAGAUUCAGCUGGUGAAGGCGGAGGUGGCAUCGGCCGUGUGUCUGCGUCUGCACCGUCCUCGAGACGCCAGCACCUUAGGCCUGUCUCAGGUCAAACUGCUAGGACUCACGGCCUUCGGGAACACCUCCUCCGCCACAGUCAACAACCCCUUUCUGCCCUCUGAGGACCAGGUUUCCAAGACCAGUAUCGGCUGGCUCCGCCUCCUCCACCACUGCCUCACUCACGUGGGGGACCUAGAGGCCAUGAUGGCGGCGGCGGCGGCACCCACGGCGAACCUCCUGCAGACGUGUGCUGCUCUGCUCAUGUCUCCGUAUUGUGGGAUGCACUCCCCCAACAUUGAGGCAGUGUUGGUGAAGAUCGGCCUGCAGUCCACCCUCAUCGGCCUCAAGCUGAUUGACAUCCUGCUGAGGAACUGCGCUGCUUCUGGCACCGACCCCGCAAACCUGAACAGUCCUCUGCUCUUCGGACGCCUCAACGGUCUGUCCUCAGACUCCACCAUUGACAUCCUGUACCAGCUGGGCACUACGCAGGACACUGGCACCAAGGAUAGGAUCCAGGCUCUGUUGCAGUGGGUCCAGGACUCUUCUCGUGUGGCAGCUCGCAGACUCACCUCCCCGGUGGGCGUGGGUGCCUCAGUGUGGGCCUCUCCUCAGAGCUUCAACUACUCCCCCUCUCCUCUGGGCUUUGGUGCCUCUGCCUCAACCUCUCAUAUGGGCUUCGGUCCCUCGGCCUCCUCCUUGGGCUUCGGUUCCUCCUCUUCCCUGGGCUUUGGUUUGUCUGCCUCAGCCUCUUCUCAGGAGUAUGGGCUGCUCAUGCCUUCACCGUCUCACCUACACUGUGUGGCCGCCAUCUUGUGGCACAGCUAUGAGCUCCCGGUGGACUACGACCUGCCUGCGCUGCUCAACAGGGAGCUCUUUGAACUGCUGUACAACUGGUCCAUGUCUCUGCCCUGUAACAUGGUUCUGAAGAAGUCUGUGGACAGUCUGCUGUGCUCUAUGUGUCACAUCCACCCCACGUACUUCUCCCUGAUCAUGUCCUGGAUGGGCAUCGAACCCGCACCCUCCACCAGCCAACGUCGCCUGGCCAUGACAGACGAUGGCAAGAAGCAGCAGAUCGAGCAGAUAGAAGACUCGAGCCGGCACCAUUACCGAUCCGAAGACCCAAGUCGAAACUACAGAAGCGAAGACUCAAGGCACACACCCAUGAUCCCGAGCCGACACUUCCGACCCCCCACGGAUCUCAGCGAAGCGCAGCUUUGCACAUUAGCCGCUGUGUCACAGUCUCCUGAAGCCAUCGAGCAGCUGCUGGAGUCCGGUCUGCCCUCGGUCCUGGUGCACAGCCUCACACAGCUCUGCCUGCACCUGCUGGCCAGCCACGACCUGCCCCUCCCCACGUCCCAGGCCAGGCCCCACAGCUCCACGCUAGCCCCUGACCUGGCAGCGCCCGUCUUGAGGUUUCUGACUGAGGUGGGGAGCAGCCACGCUAUGAAGGACUGGUUAGGGGGCGCGGACGUGAACCCGCUGUGGACGGCGCUGCUCUUCCUGCUGUGCCACUCCCACGCCAGCCGCGGCACGCAGACACCCUCCAAACAGCGCUACACAUUAGCCGCGCGCGACGGUGGUGGCCUCAGCACGCAGCAGCGGACGGCCCUCGAGAACGCCACAGUCGCAUUCUUCCUCCAGUGCAUCUCCUGCCACCCCAACAACCAGAGGCUCAUGGCUCAGGUGCUGUGUGAGCUGUUCCAGUCUGCUCCACAGAGGGGCGCUGUCCCUGUUUCUGGAAACAUCUCAGGUUUUAUCCGAAGGCUGUUUCUGCAACUGAUGCUAGAGGACGAGAAGGUCACAGUGUUCCUGCAGUCUCCCUGUCCGCUCUACAAAGGACGCAUCAACGCAACGAGUCACAUGAUCCAACACCCCAUGUACGGAGCGGGCCACAAGUAUCGCACCCUCCAGCUGCCCAUCUCCACCAGCCUGGCCGAGGUCCUGGACCGAGUCUCCGACACCCCAAGCAUCACGGCCAAACUGAUCAACGAGCAGAAAGAAGACAAAGAGAAGAAGAACCACGAGGAGAAGGAGAAGAUGAAGAACGACAACGGCUUCCAGGACAACUACAGCGUGGUGGUGGCCUCAGGUCUAAAGUCCCAGUCCAAGCGGGCCCUGUCCACUCCUCCCAGACCUCCUUCGAGACGAGGACGAGUUCUGAGCGACAAACUGAGCUCCGGCUGCAGCGCUGAGGCCCAGAAGACCAUUAGUGUACCAGUGUUCCACCUGUACCAUAAGCUUGUCCCAGGUCAGCCUCUGCCUCCUGAGAUGACCCUGGCUCAGCUCCUGACACUACUGUAUGAUCGUAAACUUCCUCCUGGAUAUCAGUCCAUCAACCUGACGGUGAAACUGGGCUCCAAGGUGAUCUGUGACCCAGGCCUGUCCAAGACCGACUCCUUCAAGAGGCUGCGCACUGAGAAGGUGGAGGAGGUGCUGUCUCCCUGUCUGGAGGAGGAGCCCAUGUGUGAGGAGCUGGACUGUACCGAUGACUCCCUCCUGGACACGGGGCCUGUCCAGUCUCCUCUCCAGGUGUUUGCUGGGAUGGGGGGUCUGGCCCUGAUCGCAGAGAGGCUGCCCAUGCUGUACCCCGAUGUCAUACAACAGGUCAGCGCCCCUGUGGUCCCCUCCUCGUCGCAGGAAAAGCCCAAAGACUCGGAUCAGUUUGAGUGGGUGACCAUCGAGCAGUCGGGAGAGCUGGUGUACGAGGCUCCAGAGUCCAUCUCCUCCGAGCCUCCCCCCAUCAGCAAACAGCCGCCUCCCCCCUCCUCCCCCGCGGUGCAGAGCAUGUCCCCCAUCCCUGCGCACUCACUGGCCGCCUUUGGGCUGUUCCUUCGCCUGCCGGGGUAUGCCGAGGUCCUGCUCAAAGAGCGCAAACACGCCCAGUGUCUGCUGAGGCUGGUGCUGGGGGUAACGGACGACGGGGAGGGCAGUCACAUCCUGCAGUCUCCUUCAGCGAACGUCCUCCCCACCCUGCCGUUCCUGGUCCUCAGGGCGCUCUUCAGUUGCACGCCGCUGACCACAGACGAUGGCGUUCUGCUGCGGAGGAUGGCGCUGGAGAUUGGAGCCAUACACCUGAUCCUGGCCUGUCUCUCUGCUCUUAGCCACCACGCUCCCAGAAGCCCUACUGCCCCCAGCAAUGUGUCAGAGCCUCAGAUGUCCUCUUGUCCUGGAGCUGGGACGUCUGAGGAGCAGCAGUUGUAUUGGGCCAAAGGGACAGGCUUUGGGACGGGUUCCACGGCCAGCGGCUGGGACGUGGAGCAGGCUCUGACCAAGCAGCGUCUGGAGGAGGAACAUGUGACCUGUCUGCUGCAGGUUCUGGCCAGUUACAUAAACCCGUCUGGCCUCAGCCUCAGCUCAGACCCUGACCGCCCGAACACAGCGCUCCCUAGUGUCCUGCAGGAGCUGCUGUCCCAGUCCUGCCUCAUCCCAGCCAUGUCCUCAUACCUGCGCAACGACUCAGUCCUGGACAUGGCUCGGCACGUACCCUUGUACCGGGCCCUCCUGGAGCUCCUCAGGGCCAUCUCUUCGUGUUCUGCGCUGGUGCCGCUGCUGCUCCCGCUGUCUGGAGACUUCCAGCAGACAGAGGAAGAGGAUGAGGAAGAUCCAGACGGCCAGAGCUCAGUGGGACAGCUGCUGGCCAAGAUGAAGACCUGUGUGGACACCUACACCAACCGCCUCAGGUCUAAAAAGGACAAGUCCAAAGGCUCCGUGGUGAAACCGGACUCUUCAGACCCAGAACCAGAAGGACUAACGCUGCUAGUACCAGACAUCCAGAGGACCGCGGAGAUCGUGUACGCAGCUACCACCAGUCUGCGCCAGGCCAACCAAGAGCGGAGGCUGGUGGAGUGUUCCCGUAAAGCCUCGUGUCGGCCCAAACCUCAGUCUGUGCUGCGGUCGCUGGAGGAGAAGUAUGUGGCGGUCAUGAAGAAGCUGCAGUUUGAUACCUUUGAGAUGGUGUCUGAGGAGGAGGAUGGGAAGCUGCAGUUCAAAGUGGGUUACCACUACAUGUCUCAGGUGAAGAACGCCAGCGACUCCAACAGUGCGUCCCGGUCCAGGCGCCUGGCACAGGAGGCCGUCACCCUGUCCACCUCUCUGCCCCUGUCCUCCUGCUCCAGUGUGUUUGUGCGCUGUGACGAGGAGCGGCUGGACAUCAUGAAGGUGCUGAUCACAGGUCCCGCCGACACGCCGUACGCUAACGGUUGUUUUGAGUUCGACGUGUACUUCCCUCAGGAUUAUCCCAACUCUCCUCCUCUGGUCAAUCUGGAGACCACUGGGGGUCACAGCGUCCGCUUCAACCCCAACCUUUACAACGAUGGCAAGGUCUGCUUGAGUAUCCUGAACACAUGGCACGGUCGACCAGAGGAGAAGUGGAACCCGCACACAUCCAGCUUUCUCCAGGUCCUGGUCUCGGUCCAGUCCCUGAUCCUAGUCGCGGAGCCGUACUUUAAUGAGCCGGGGUACGAGCGCUCCAGAGGGACCCCCAGCGGAACCCAGAGCUCCAGGGAAUAUGACGGAAACAUCCGGCAAGCGACGGUGAAGUGGGCCAUGUUAGAACAGCUGAGGAACGCUUCGGCCUGCUUCAAGGAGGUGAUACACAAACACUUCUUCCUGAAGCGCACACAGAUUCUGUGUCAGUGCGAGGAGUGGAUCACAGAGAUACAGCAGCACAGCAGUGACAAGAGGGUGGGGAGGACCAUGAGCCACCACGCUGCUGCCCUCAAGAGACACGCGGCGCAGCUGAGGGAGGAGCUUCUCAAACUGCCGUGUCCUGACGGCCUCCAACCGGACGACGACUUCACCGACAAGAGCCCAGCCCACAUCACUGAGGCGACCAAUCAGGACUCAGAGAAACCCAGCGGCAGCCAUGACGCCUCGGACGCCGCGCUAUGA